AUGUCAACUUUAGUAGCAAAAAGUUCCAUUCUUUUGGUCCUCACAUUCAUGUUGGUGUUCCCAUCUGUUUUGGCAACCAAAAAUCCAUUCAAAGAGUCGAAACCAUGCAAGAGGCUUGUGUUCUAUUUCCACGACACCCUAUUCAACGGCACGGAUACGACCAAUGCAACAUCUGCUGCUGUAGCCAAUAUAACAGGGCUUGACAGAAAGCACAAAUUUGGUUUGCUGGUUGUCUUCAACGAUCCUCUGACCAAAGACCACCAUCUUCUGUCUCCUCCCGUCGGAAGAGCUCAAGGCUUCUAUUUCUUUGACAUGAAGGACGACUACUCUGCUUGGCUUGCCUACACUUUGGUGUUCAACUCGAGCGAGCACAAGGGUACACUCAAUAUCAUGGGGGCGGAUUUGAUUUAUGAAAAAACUAGAGAUCUUUCGGUUGUCGGAGGGACGGGAGAUUUCUUCAUGGCUCGAGGGAUAUGCACAAUUCAAACUGACACUAUUCAGGAUGACUACUAUUUUCGCCUCAAGAUGGAUAUCAAGUUGUAUGAAUGUUAUUAG